UUGACUCCAUUUAAGUUCAACCCUAUUUCUCUCUCUCUCUCCGUGGAAUUAAUGGAGAAAACCGGAGGUGACUGGAAAGAAAAACAGGUAAUACAAUAUCACUCCUUAUCGGAACGGAAAACUCCACCGGAAGACGUCAAGCUCGCUGCAAUCGCCGUUAGCCUGGAUAUACGUUUAAGAUCAGCCGACAUGGCUAUCCCAAUGCAAGAGCGUGCCCUUUGUCUCACCAGAUCGCUCAUCGAUUCUUCCUCUUCGCGUCGUCCUAAUCUCACUCUUCUCGCUCGUUCUCUCAAAAAGGAGUUUGAUCGGUGGUACGGACCGGCAUGGCACUGUGUGGCGGGGAAGAGUUUCGGAUCGUUUGUGACGCACUCGCCGGGAGGAUUUUUGUAUUUCUCUGUGGAUUCCUACUCUUUUCUUCUAUUCAAAACAGAGGUUCAUUUGAUUUGCAACGAUCUUCCUCCGCCUUGCCGUCGGUGAAUUUCUCCGGUUUACAUUUGGAACACUCGAAAAUCGUAUCAAAUUAACCGAUAGUUUCAGGUGAACUUUUUUUUGAAAAUUGACAAAACAUUUGCCGCUUUGAGUUCGAUUACUUUAUAAAUCUCCUUCCACUUCCAUUAUUACGCCAG